AUGCAGAGCAUGGAAGAGAUGCUAAAAAUUAAGAGCGGAAAAAAUAUUGAGAGUGGUGAGACAUCAAGCAAGGCAGAGAAGUCUGCUGAGAGGGUGACCAAGGAAGAGCUGCAUAAAACUAUGAGUGGAAAAAAUAUCACGGAUAGUGCAUUAGCGAGCAAGGUAGAGACACCUUCUGAGUCUGUGACCAAGGAAGCGGUGGAUAAAAUUAGAAGAGGAAAAAAUAUCGCGGGUAGUGAGAUAACGCGCAAGGUAGAGUCACCUGCUGAGCCUAUGACCGAGGAAGAUGUGUUUAGGUUUCUGAGAGACAGAAACAAGGACGAUGCCAAAGUGGUAGAAUUGUACGGUCGGCAAAAGGAUGAAGCUGGGUCAACCAAUCACCCUAAACUAUACAGAGCCGCAAUGGAAGGGAAUUGGAAAGCCGCUAAAGCCAUCUUUGAUAACGACAGAAAGGCCAAGACAAGAAAAAUCUCCAACCUUGGCAUGACUGCCCUACAUGUGGCGGCGAGCUGCGGCCAGUCAAAGUUUGUGGUGGAGUUGGUGAAGACCCUAUCUGAGGAGCAGCUUGAAGACAGAGACACACUUGGCUGCACUGCUCUUCAUCACGUGGCCUUAGCUGCAGAUGUGGGGGCUGCCAAAGCAAUGGUGGAGCAGAACUCAGAUUUGCCUAACCUUGGGGACCCCUAUCUCCUUACUCCCCUCUACUAUGCUGCUAAAUGGCGACAUCCAUCAGACGGCAAGAAAAUGGUGGAUUAUCUCCACCAAGUUACUGAGGACAAAGAACCUUGUCUUCCCUUCACGGGUUAUUCAUCUGCUGAUCUCAUUGUGGCAAUCAUUUCUUCGGGGUCCUAUGAUACAGCUUUGCGUACGCUCAAGAAAUAUCCUCGAUUAGCUUUUCAACGAAAUCAUGAAAAAAUGUCCAUACUUCGUGUACUUGCAAUGCAGCCUUUAGCAUUUCGGAAUGGACAUAAACUUUCUUUAUGGAAAUCAUUGAUCUAUACAUUGGUGCAAGUUGAUGCGGAGGAAACAAAACACAAAAACUUCCAUUCACCUGCAGAUGUUGCUAAAAGCACAGCAGUUUCAUUCUUCCUAUUUCUGAGCAAGUUCAGUAAAGGAGUAAGGGAGUUGUCCGAAAUAAAGAAAGGGCACCUGCAUGCACUUAGACUUGUAGAUUUUGUCUGCGAGGAGAUAGAAGAGAAAAGAUACAAUUCUGUUCAGGAAUACUUCUUCCCCAAUGACAAUACCCCAAUCUUACACUUAGCCACAGAGCACGGAGUUUUUCGACUUGUACAAGAGUGUCUAAAUCGUUUUCCUGAUCUAAUUUGGUAUGCAGACCAAACUACCAAACGGUUGUUAUUGCAUGAAGCUAUUGAGCAUCGUCGAGUGGAGAUAUUCAAUCUCAUGGUUACUUUGAUCGGAAAAAACACAAAGGCCUAUGCCCAUUUAAACGAUGAAGGGGAAAAUAAUUGCCUUCAUUUGGCAGCAAAAUUGGCUCCUAUGCCUCAACUCCAUUCUGUCCCCGGUCCUGCAUUUCAGAUGCAGCGAGAAUUGCAAUGGUUUGAGGCAGUGGAAGCAAUAGUCUAUUACGAGUUAAGGACAAAAAAGAACUCGGAUGAAAAAACACCUGGAGAAUUAUUCUUCGAUGAGCACAAAGAUUUGCUGAAGGAUGCAAAGGAAUGGAUGAAGGAUACAUCAAACUCGUGCAUGGUCGUAGCUACUCUGGUCGCAACAGUAGCAUUUGCUGCUAUGAUCACCGUACCCGGUGGCAAUGAUAGUGAGACCGGCAUGCCAAUACUGGCGAGGAAAAGACUUUUCGCUGCAUUUUCCAUAGCAAACGCAUUAUCCAUGAUAUGCUCUGCAGUUUCUCUGCUUAGGUUCCUUUCGAUUCAAACCUCGCGAAAUACAGUAGAAGAUUUUCUGGAGGCACUUCCCAAGACUUUGGUCAAUGGUCUAAUUUUCCUGUCUAUUGCUGUAGUCACAAUGAUGAUAUCGUUCGGCACGGCAAUUGGACUGUCACUUGAAUCAAGGCUUAACUGGGCUUACAUUCCCAUCACCAUCGUGGCCUGUUUCCCUGCCAUCAUCUUCAUCAGGUUGCAUCUUCCUUUGCUUUUACGAACAGUGUUAUUCCGCUAUGGGCCUGGCAUUUUUGCGGAGCAAAGGAAUGGCAAGCUUUGGUGUCUCAGGAAAAUUGGCUAUCGUCUACUGGCAGAAGACAUGGCUUGA